AUGGAACGAUUCUGGGAAAUCGAGACGGUUGGCGGUGAUCCAGCAUUGUCAGCGGAAGAAGAUGCUUGCGAGAAGCAUUUCAUGGCCAAUACAACAAGAGAUACAUCGGGCAGGUAUGUUGUACGUUUACCGCAGGCUUCUAAUCCAAGUAUCGUUUCAGGAGCGUCCAAGGCGAUCGCGGAUCGUCGGCUCCUAGCAGUAGAUCGUCGAUUGAUGUGCAACCCUACAAUGAAGGAAGAUUACACCAAAUUCAUGAAGGAGUACGAACAGCUCGGCCACAUGAAACGUCUUACCGAUCCAGUCGAUGAUUCCGGCGAGCACUACUAUCUUCCUCAUCACGCGGUGGUAAAGGAAACGAGCACAACCACAAAGGUGCGAGUAGUAUUCGAUGCAUCAUGCAAAUCGGCUUCUGGAUACUCGUUGAACGACAAACUGUUGGUUGGGCCUGUGAUUCAGGACGAUCUCUUCACAAUAAUCGUUCGAUUUCGAUCACAUGCGAUAACACUAUCAGCAGAUGUCGAAAAAAUGUACCGCCAAAUUCGCCAUGAUGACGACGACCAAAGACACCUUCGUAUUCGGUACAGCUACAAUCCCACAGAGCCUAUUCAAACCUUCCAAUUACAAACGGCACCGCAAUCGCACCAUUUCUGGCAACCCGAACCUUAA